CGAUUUCUAAUGAUUUUAACGGAGAUUGCCCAGAGAAAAAAAUUUUUACUAUCGAAAGCUAUUAAAGAGAUUUUAAGAGAAAGGAAAUCAGUUGCAACUUUUUUUGUCAUUCAUUGUUUCCAUUAUUUUUUCAAGGGUUGAUAAACUAAUGACAUGUACAUAUACACAUUCCUAUAUACGUGUAUUAUAUCGUUGUCGACAUCAUACUUUUAUUUCAUCUUUAUAUAAUAUAAUUGUACCAAUUAAUCAAUUACCGCAAAGAGAAGAAGCAGUCCGACAAAUUUAUUUACAGCGAUCCUAGUUAAUCGAUUCUUGCAAAUAAUCUGUCUAUUCGCUCAUUGUUUUCUAUUCAAUCGAAUCACGAUUAUAUUUAGUCGGUGGUACGUAACGAAAGAAAAUUAGAUUCGUCGUCGUAUUUGUCGCAUAUUUCUUCAGCAAUGUUUUAUUAAGAUAUAUGCGUCGAUUUAUCAAUGAUGAUUGUGCGCGCAUCGUCAUUAUUGCUGUAACAAAACGGUUGAGAAUGCUGUUUCGCGCGUAACAGCGCUUCCAUAUAUAAUCCCGAAACGGGGUAGAGAUAGUCGCGUGGGUGAAUGCCCGUUUAAUGCGUCGUUCGUGUCGCUUUAAACUGCUCGUUCAUCCAUCGAUCCGCAUUUUUUUCAUCUUGAUUUUUCUUCCGUCUUGCUUUUUUAACGCGUCAUUAUACCGACAAAGCGCAGAUUUCUGCAUUUUAUUACGACCCUUCUGUAUGUCAAAUAUCAUAAAGAAUCACACCAAAAACAAAAAUAAAUGUCUCACCACAUACUGUGAAGAUUCGCUACUAUCUUUGCGCAAUUUUUGUAGACAACAAGAAAUAAUACUUGCGAUCAUCGAUUCCUUGAUUUUGCACGUCUCGAAAAAAGAAAGUAGUAUCGAUUGCAGAGAGCCCAAGACUUCAUCUUCUUUUUCUCUUCUGAAAAGCGCUGAUAAUCUUUGUUAAAAGUUUCUUUUAAAAUAAUUAACAAUCAAUGAGAAACGAGUGAUAUACGUAUUAUGUGAAUUUUUGAUUAUUUUUGAGGUGAAUUCAAUAAAAAUGAGCUUUGUAUGAUUGUUAAUUUUCAAUUGUCACCUAGAUAUUCAGAUGGCAAAAAUAAGACUAGAUCAUAUGUUUCCAAACGUUAUAAUAUCGUUUGUCCCAGAUCUCGAUGUAGCUCUAACGUCUCAUUGGAAGGGGUGAGGCAAAGUGAUACAAGGCUUCCUUUAAGCUCUAUCGAUUCAUUCAAAAGAGGAAUUAUCGAGGAAUUGCGAGAGGAAGUCUUACGAAUAGAUAUUUUGACGUGUCUACCGUUCCAUGUGUCGUUUUGGCUGUAGGAAAUGUUAAAACGAUAUUAUAAUGAUAACGAAGAAAAUUUGGAUGUGCCAUAGGGCGCAGAGCUUGGACAGUAUAUCUUGUACAUUUUUCCUAGGAUUGCUAUAUAUUUUUUUGUAAGUCUUGUCGUUUCAAUUCAUUAACAUAUUAUAUUACAUAUGCUUAAAUGCACUUUAUAUUUCUUUCGCUUUUUGAGCGAUAUGUGGACUGUAAAAAAAAAAAAAAAAAGGUAAAUAACUGUUUUCUAAUGCAAUGCGGUUUCAUCGGAAAUAUUUUGAAAAAAAAAAGACUAAAAUGUGUGUCAAUUUUUGAAUAACUCAAAUUAUAUAUGUACAAUAAUUAUAUUUUUUAGUAAAUGACAAUCUAUUAAAUAGACAUUUUUGAUAUAGACAUUUUUGAUUGUAUAAAUAUCAAUUAAUUUAUACGACAAAAAAAAUAAUACAUGCUAGUAUUAACAUUUAGAAGAACAAGAAAAUGCUAUGCUUUUAUUUUUAUGUAUAUAAUAAGAUAUUGAACUGCUUUUGAAAAGUAGAUUUUAUUUCCGUCUUUUAGAAAAUAAAGUAGCUGUAUGUAAUAAAAUAAUAAUAAUAUGAUAUAAAUAGGUCGUUACGCAGAUGAGCACGUAAUUAUCUUGAUAAUCGGUGAUAAUGGCCUUGUGACAAUUGUCUAGGAAAUAUCAUCAUCGAUAUGAUACCAUCAAUAAUCGUAGAGACACGACCGCAAAUUUCAAAUACUUCACGAUUCCGAUAGUUUGAAUCGCGCUUGUAAUGGAUGUGCAAUUUUGAAUUUGUUCAACAUAAAUGUUGCAAAGCUAUAAGUAAAGUUUUUAAAAUUUAUAUUAAAUUAAUUAGUUUAAAUUUUAUUGUCGAUACAUUUUAUUUCUUGUAUUUAAUUAUUACCGGAUAAUAUUUUGUUUAAUAGAAAAACACCGGAUUGAAUUAAAGAAAGACCGUCUUCGAGAAACAACACUCGCAAAAAAUUUCAUUGGUGUAUAUUAAUAUAUAUGUAUGUUGUGAGUCUCAUUGCCAAUUUUAAAAUAAAAAAAUAUCGAAAAAGAUUAUCGCGAUUAUCGUAGUCUGACGCGACAGAAACAAUGCUACUGAUGAUGAGCAUGACCAUCGUUCAAAGGAAAAUCGUUAUCGAUAACGAGCUGCGAAAAGAUAGUGAUUGCGAUACUGGAUACUCAUUGCCGGAAUACAUGUUACUUGUCGUCGAAAUCUUGUGGAUGUAUAAUAUCCGAGCAACAAAUUUUUGAGAACCGUGUUGUUUUCGAUUCAAAUGUGACAAGAUGUCGGUAUCUCUCGGGAGAGUACGAAAGUACUCUCUGGUGCCGUAUCUGGAUCGUUGCCCAGAGUAUCACGGGACUUAUAAGGAACUUGGUUCACAACCACUUCCAACAAUCGUGACGGAGGAUGCGGAUAAUUCCGGCCAUGCGUCUCAAGGCCACAGGCCACGAGCAGAUACAUGGGGCUCGCACUCGAAGACGAUUAGAAAGUCGAGUUAUGGAAGUGCACCCAGUUCUGGAAAAUCGACACCUCUUCCACAGCCGACCGAAGCGUCAAGCUCGUCCAGUUCCGGCAAGGGUGGUCGAAAGACUUCUGGUACUCGAUCUGGUUCCACCAGUCGCAGUAAUAGCCGUAGUAAUAGCACGGAACGUAGAAGAAGCAGCGGUACUACGGACGACACCGCCAGUCCUACGAGAAAGCCGGCGCUCUUUGAUGCUUUUAGGCCGAGGAGCAAAUCGGAUGCCAGCAAAAGGAAACCCAGUAUUAUAGCAAAUAUGAAAAGCGCCGUUCAGCAUUCCUUGCAUAGAGGAUCGCACGGGAGUUCAUCGGUGGAUGUACAUACAGAGAAAGAAUAUAAUCGAGAUAGCCAGAGAGAACAGAAAGAGAAUAAGGAACAAGGAAGUGGAAGACCUAGAGCUGGAUCUGAAAGUAGCAGAAAUCCUGUGAGCAAAGUUAUGGAUCUUAUCAGGCACAGGAGUCAUAGUGCCUUGAGUGCAGAGGAUAAGCGAAAAGCUAUUACUGCGAAUAUUUGUGCGAUCAACUGCAUAUACGUGAAUAUUUUAUGCAUUCUGUUUAUUGACAAAUAAAAAAGAGUAUUCGGAAUUCUACUUUUAUUGGUAUUUAGCUUAGCUUUUUAUAAUUUAUUAUUUAACUUUUCAUGUACAAACACAUACACACACGCGCGCGCGCGUGUUAAACACGAAUUUGUAAUUGUCAGAUACAUUUCACGCAAAUAUAGAGUCAUGCAAAUAUAAUCUAGAAUCUAGAUUAUAUAGAAACAUGGAACAAAUCACGCGAUAAUCUAAACAUAAUUGGCGCGCGUCGAGAAUUUGCCUUAUUGUUAGUAAAGAUAGAGGUCUUCUUUAUCGCAUGUAAGCAAGAGAGAGAGAGAGAGAGAGUAGGCAAAAACGUUUCCUAUCUUUUUGCCUUUCGGUUCUUAAUUUGGGAUUAACAGAGAAAUUGUUAUCAAAUGCAUGGUGAAUAAUAUUGUGUCGUCAGUAAAGUAAAGCAAUGCGUAAUCGUAAUUCUAAUUAAGUCGGUAAUAAAGAAAAGGCAUAAUAAUAACAAAUGCUCGAGACAUUAAGAUAAGCGUUGUAUUAAUAGCAUAUUAAUAGUGUAAUUGCCCGUGUAUUGAAAUACAUUCUGUUUUGAUAAACAAUAAUAAUUAUAAAAGUAAUUGAUAGAGAAUUUUCUUAUUUUGCACGUUUUUCACGAGAUAUAUUUAGGGGGUCGUAAUCACACACACACACACACACACACACACACACACACACAAAAUACACAGAGAGUAUUUGAGUUUUUAUUGUGAAAAUCUGCAUCAUCGUCCGUAUCAUACGAGCAAAAUUAAAAAAAAAAUUCUUGUCUAAAUAUAUAAGCUCGUAACUGCUUCAUCAAAAUGUUACAACAAAAAUAUAUGAAAUAUGUUAUAUGUAUAUUUGCAUGUAUGUUAUGUUUACUGUUUCAAGUAUCAACAU